CUGGGCAUAACCUGGACUCAGGUUCCUGCCUCGCGCUUCAGACCGCCCCUCGCUGCACCGAGCGCCAUGACGCUCCCCCGGGUCCGGGCCUGCGGCUGGGUAGCAGCGGCCAAAGCUGCCCAGAGGCGCCACCAAGCGGAGGGCGCGGGAGGACCUCGGUGUCCUGCGCCCCGGAGCCAACGCGCGUCGCUGUACAUCCACUGGCCAUACUGCGAGAAGCGCUGCGGUUACUGCAACUUCAACAAGUACAUCCCCCGUGGCGUGGAGGAGGCUGCGGUCCGGAGCUGUUUGGUGACUGAGGCUCAGACGCUGCUGCUGCUUAGCGGGGUGCGGCGGGUGGAGUCUGUGUUCUUUGGUGGGGGCACCCCCAGCCUGGCGAGUCCCCACACUGUGGCUGCUGUCCUAGAGGCAGUGGCUCAGGCAGCUUACCUGCCCGCAGAUGCAGAGGUCACGUUGGAGGCCAACCCCACUUCGUCCGCAGGCUCCAGAUUGGCAGCGUUUGGGACAGUAGGGGUCAACAGGCUGUCCAUUGGGCUCCAGUCCCUGGAUGAUGCUGAGCUCCAGCUGCUGGGGCGGACACACUCAGCCAGUGAUGCUCUGCGGACGCUGGCGGAAGCCCGGCACCUCUUCCCUGGGCGCGUUUCUGUGGACCUGAUGCUAGGGCUGCCCGCACAGCAGGUAGGGCCGUGGCUGGGACAGCUACAGGAGCUGCUGUGCCACUGCGAUGACCACGUCUCUCUGUACCAGCUGUCCCUGGAGCGGGGCACUGCGCUCUUUGCCCAGGUCCAGCAGGGGGCCCUGCCUGCCCCUGACCCUGAGCUUGCCGCUGAGAUGUACCAGAAGGGACGGGUAGUCCUUCGGGAGGCUGGCUUCCGCCAGUAUGAGGUCUCCAACUUUGCCCGGAAUGGGGCGCUCAGUACCCACAAUUGGAACUACUGGCAGUGUGGUCAGUACCUUGGCGUUGGGCCUGGGGCCCAUGGGCGAUUUCUGCCCCAGGGGGCCGGAGGCCACACCCGGGAGGCUCGGAUCCAGACACUGGAGCCUGACAACUGGAUGAAGGAGGUGAAGCUGUUUGGACAUGGCACCCGGAAGCGGGUCCCCCUGGGCGAGCUGGAGCUGCUGGAGGAAGUUUUGGUCAUGGGGCUACGCACAGACCUGGGGAUCACUCACCAGCACUGGCAGCAGUUUGAGCCCCAGCUGACCCUGUGGGAUGUGUUUGGGACAAGCAAGGAAGUGAAGGAGCUGCUGGAGCAGGGUUUAUUGCUGUUGGAUCACAGGGGUCUUCGGUGCUCCUGGGAGGGCCUGGCUGUGCUGGACUCUCUGUUGCUGACCCUCCUGCCUCAACUCCAAGAGGCCUGGCAGCAGAGAAUCUCCACCCUUGUGCCGAGAGGAUGACCCCCUGUUCCUAUACCCCAACACAGUUCCAGGUGGGCUUUGGUGGCCAAGCGGCACUGCAGACAUCUCUCCAACGCUGGCAGGUGCUACCUCUGCCUGUGUGGUCAUUGCCCGAUCCUGGCAUCCCCAGGGGAAUGGCUUCAGUGAGGUGGAUGGGAGCACGUUUCUGGUCUGAGAACUGGAAUCCCACCCAGCAUCUCAGUACUCAGCCCAGUGUGUGCUCAGCCCCUGCAUUAGCUACUGUUUGCCUUUUUGUUCUGAAUGAUGGACAGUGUUAAAAGUCUUUCUACAGGGAAUCACCUCCCCAAGAGAAGUGUUCCCCACUCUGGAAUGAGGUCCUGAGGCAGCUGCAUGAGUUAGGAAAACCAAAUCCCCUCUAGGUAUUUUAACCGGGAAGGGAUUUCAUAUAGGAAUGAGGUAUUUACAAAACCACUGGAAGGACUAGGGAAGUGAAAGAGAAAGCCAUCAACCACUGUCAGGACCCAGAAAGUUACAGGAUUCUCAGCUGCUAGCAACACUCAGGCAGAUAAUUUACAAGAAAAAUCCUGGAAGAUGCUACAAAACCUCCUGUUUGCUGUCUGCAAAGGCCACUGCCAGAGGCUUCUGCGAGUGCAUUUCAUUGAUGGACUCUAAAGCAAAUGCUUGCUGGCAGGAGAUUCUGAGGAAUGUAGUUCUCUGGCUUCCAGCCCCUGAAAUACAGGAGAGUCCACUGGGUGGCGCCAUGUGUAUAUUGAGCACAGUAACCUGCUGCACCCUGAGAACAGUGAGAAAGAUCAGAGCAAGCCUUGCCUCUUCUAGCAGCCAGGAUAUGUUUGCGGUGGCAGGAUCCACACAGACCCUCCUGAGUCCCUACUGCUCUACUCCCCUCUGCCACUCCCAGCCUGUUUGUUGACAGAGUGAAGGUGGGUGGAGUCAACCAGGGAAAGGGGAGGGGGAGAAGAACUUAGGGAAGACCCAGAGCAUUUGUAAUCCUCUGUUCUACCUGCAGAAAUGGUUACAGGUUUUAUUUAAAUAGCCUAAUAAACCCAUCUGGAGCCUGC